UAACAACGUCAGCACAAAUAGGAAGCGUGUGAGGCUCACUGCCGUCUGGACUCUCCGGGGGAAGGCUGGUCUGUCCCGCCGCACAGAGGCCUAGAGGAGGCAGAGCCCAGAGGGAGGGCCUGUGACAUGGGUCUCUCCUGGCCCCCAGCUGGGCAGGAACACAACACUCUGGGACACUGAGGACUCACCGGUGCUGGCCCCUGCUUGUCCAGAGCGGACCAGGGAGAUGGCGCUGAUCCGGGCGCUGCUCCCCACGGCCCUGCUGGCUCUGUGCUGGGUGCCGCGCCUGGCGGGAGCAGAAACCAUCCCGCUGCAGACCCUGCGCUGCUAUAACGACUACACCAGCCACAUCACCUGCAGGUGGGCCGACACCCAGGAUGCACAGCGGCUCAUCAACGUGACCCUCCAUCGCCGGGAGGAUGAUGACCGUCCAAAGCCAGUGUCCUGCGAACUCAGUGAGGACAUGCCCUGGUCAGACUGCCCGUCUCCCCACUGUGUGCCCCGGAGAUGUGUCAUUCCCAACCAGAUCUUCACCCUCGCCGACAAAGACUACUUCUCAUUCCAACCGGACCGGCCACUGGGCGUCCAGCUCACGCUCCCUCUGGCCCAGCAUGUGCAGCCCCCCGCGCCCCGGGACGUCCAGAUCCGCCCUGCCGGGGACCGCUUCCUGCUGGCCUGGAGUGUGGCCCUUGGGGGUCGCCAGCCCCACUGGCUGUCACGGCGCGACCUGGAGUUUGAGGUGGUCUACAGGCGGCUUCAGGACCCCUGGCAGGACGCGCCCACCCUCCGCUGCAACAGGUCCCAGGCCGCGCUGGGGCCCGAGCACCUCAUGCCCAGCAGCACCUACGUGGCCCGAGUGCGCACCCGCCUGGCCCCGGGCUCCGGCUUCUCAGGACGGCCCAGCGAGUGGAGCCCAGAGGUGCGCUGGGACUCGCAGCCAGGGGACCAGGCCAAGCCCCAGAACCUACAGUGCUUCUUCAAUGGGGCUGCCGAGCUCAGCUGCUCCUGGGAGGUGAGGACGGAGGUGGCCAGCUCUGUCUCCUUUGGCCUCUUCUACAAGUCCAGCCCCGAUGCAGGGGAGGAAGAGUGCUCCCCGGUGCUGAAGGACAAGCUCAGCAGCCUCUACACCCGGCACCGGUGCCAGAUUCCCGUGCCCGCCCCCAGGACCCAUGGCCAGUACACCAUCUCUGUUCGGCCAAGGAAGGAAGAGAGACUCAUCAAGAACUCAGAAAACAUCCAGAUGGCCCGCCCAAGUCUCAACAUGACCAAGAACGAAGACAGCUACAGCCUUCGCUGGGAAACAAGGAAAAUGCAAUACAAUCACAUAGACUACACCUUUGAGGUGCAGUACAGGAAAGACUCGGCCACGUGGGAGGAUAGCAAGACUGAGGUCCUCCAGAAUGCCCACAGCAUGGCCCUGCCAACCCUGGAGCCCUCCACCCCUUACCGGGCCAGGGUGAGGGUGAAGCCCUCCAGGCGUGGCUACAGCGGCAUCUGGAGCGAGUGGAGCGAGGAGUGCUCCUGGGAAACCGAGUGGGUGCUGCCCACGUGGGGCCUGGCCCUCAUCCUGGUCUGCAUCACCCUCACCUUGCUCCUGGCCCUCCGCUUCUGUGGCAUCUAUGGGUACAGGUUGAACAGGAAGUGGAAGGAGACCAUCCCCAACCCCAGCAAGAGCUGCCUGUUCCAGAACGGGAGUGGGGGCAUGUGGCUCCCAGACAGCGUGUCGGCCUCCACCAGCAGGAGCCCCCCACACCAGGGGCCGUGGGGCAGCCACUUCCCUGAGCUGGAGAGGGUCAUCCCUGUAGGCUUCCAGGACAUCGAGGUGUCACUUCUCACCACAGAGGACCCUAAAGGUGUCUGUGACCCACCAUCGGGGCCUGACGUGACUCCGGCUGCCUCCGGCCAGCCCACAGAGCAGCCCCGCAGCCCCCCGCCGGCCCCGCCAGACCCCUCAGACAGGCCUGAGAAUCGGCUUUCCAGCUUCGACUUCAACGGCCCCUACCUGGGCCCGCCCCGCAGCCACUCUCUGCCUGAACUCGGGGGCCAGCUGGUGCCCCCGCAGACGGGGGAGGGCCAGAAGACGCCGCCCCCAGGGUCCCUGGAGUACCUGUGUCUGCCUGCUGGGGGGCAGGUGCGGCUGGUCCCACUGGCCCAGGUGGAGGGGCAGGCCCAGGUCAUGGACGUGGAGCGGAGGCCCACCCCGGCGCCCGAGGGGAGCCCCUCCUUGGAGUCUGGGGCAGGCCCUGCCUCUCCUGCACCUGGGCCAAGGGUGGAUGGACAGGGCCCAGUGGACAGUCAAGUGGCUCUGGCCACAGGCUCUGGGGACCCUAAGGAUGCUGCCGUGGCCUCUGGUUAUAUUCCCGCUGCAGACCUGUUGUUCACCCCAAGCUCAGGGGCCCUGUCUGUCUCCCCAGCUCCCCCUCUGGGCCAUUGCUUAGACCCGAGCCCCAGUCUCUGUCCUGGGCCGGCCGGGGGGCCUCCUGGAGUACCAGCCCCCAUGAAGCCAGGCUUUGAGGGCUAUGUGGAGCUCCCUCCACCCACAGGCCAGUCCCCCAAGUCCCCCCUGGGCAGUCCUGCCCCUCCCGCGGCCAGCAGCCCCGCGCUGAGCCCUGUGCUGAGCCCUGUGCUGAGCCCCGCGUUGGCAUCCCCACAGCCCGAGGGGCUCCUUGUCCUGCAGCAGGUGGGUGACUAUUGCUUCCUCCCUGGUCUGGGCCCAGGUCCUGUCUCGCCCCGGAGUAAGCCCUCUUCCCCAGGAGCCUGUCCUGAGGUCACAAAUCUAGACCAGGCUUUUCAGGUCAAGAAGCCCCCGGGCCAGACCGGGGCCCAGGUGCCGGCCAUUCAGCUCUUCAAAGCCCUGAAGCAGCAGGACUACCUGUCGCUGCCCCCGUGGGAUGUUAGCAGGCCUGGGCAGGUGUGCUGAGCCCCUCCAGACCUGGCGAGGCGAGUCCCGCCUUCCCUCCCGCCAGCCUCCCGCCCCUCCACAGCCACUUCUGCAGAGCCCUAGGGAGGCCUCCUGCCCAGGAAGGGGGUCAGCCCCGCUGCUGUCCCCACAUCACUCCAAAUCACUCCGCUCCUCUCUCUCUCUCUCUCACACACACACACACACACACACGCACGCACGCACACGCACACACACACGCACACACACACACAUGCAUGCACACACGCACAUGCGAGCACACACACACAGUUCAUGUUAAUUUAUGUUUAGGCUGUGAAUUAUUAGGCUUUCCAUUAUACUCCUUCCAUCUCCCCUUCAUUUCCUUUUUUAUCAGGUUUCCUUGCUUUUGCUAUUUUCUUCCUUUCUUCACUGAUUUAUCAUUAGAGUGCGAUUGGGGUCCAAGCUGAGCCUACUCGGAGACCGAGAUGUGUCUGGUUGUGUUUAAGGACUUGUGUGGGCUGCCUGUCCCCGGGCAGGCACUGAGGCAUGACAUGAUUCUUGCCCAGGUGCUGAGCCAGGAGGCACCAGGUGGGCGCCAUGGGGGCAGGACUUGGAAGAGCAGCACAGCACCGGCACUUCCAGGCUGGUGGGGGGGGGAGGAGCAGCACGGACCAGCCUUGAUCGUCACUCCAAGAAACGAGCGUGGUAGGAGGCGGAUAGAGGAUGAAUGUGAGAGGCUGUCUGGGAGCUCCCGGGGAGCCCUGCUGGGUGUCCCAGAGAUAACUGAGACCUCACGUCAUGAGGAGAAGUCACCGACUGGGCAAUGCUGGUUAGGGGCCGAAGUGAUGGCCAGGCUAGGACCUGGGGAAUAUCGGGAAGUGGGGGAAGAGGAAUCCAGAACCCACAUGUACUCUAGAAGAAUUGGGAAAAAUUACUGAACAAAGGAUGAUGCCUGAGGGCUUUGAGUCUGAAUGGCUUGCUUCCCUCCCUUCCAGAAAGAUUGUACGACUUCCACCCCCCCCACCCCCCCACCCGUGGCCACAGUGAGGGACUGUUGAUCUGUGUCUGGGCCUGAAGCGGGGACAGUGGUUCUUUUAAAUCUUUGCCUUUCUGAUACACAAAAUUAGUGGCAUUAAAUUGCUUUGACUUGCAUUAUUUGAUGAUUGUCAAAUUUGCACAUAUUUGUAUAUGUAUUAAUGUCUUGGGCAUUGGUAUUUUUUAACUAGGCUGAGCCUAUUAAGGUCUUUGUUCUGUUGGGUGCUAUCUUUUGCUAAUUAUGUUUUUAAAACUAUUUCUGUAUGCCCUUUCAUGGAUGGUGCAAAGUUUUUCUGCUGAGUCUGUGAUUUAUCUUAUGAUUUUGUAUAUGAGGCUUUUUGGGGGUACUCAGCGUUAAAGCUUCUGUGUUGUCCAAGAGAUCUAUAGUGAAAUCCUUUUCCAUUUUUGGUGUCAGAUUUACAAAGGCCUUCCCCACGGCAAAGUUGCAUUUGUCACCAUUUAUUUUUUUUUUCUAGUUCUUUUUGUUUCAAGCUUUUUAUGUAAAAUUUUAUUUUGGAAGGUAUGGAUGUGACACAGAAGUGUCUUUGCAGCAUUUGUUGAAUUAUCUAUUCUUUGUCCAUGUAUCCAAAAUGCCACUUUUAUGACAUAGGAAGUCCUCGCGCAUAUCCUUCGUCAGUUUCUAGGUUCCCAUUUUUAUUACCUUGUCCUCUUGAUGGCACCCACCGUUUCGGUUGUUCUAGUUUUCUGAUGUUUUAAUAAGUGGGAGAGCAAGGGUUCUUGUUACUUUUGUUCCCACAUCCCUGUUCAUUACAGCAAUGCUUGUGGUUGAAGAAAUUUAUAAACAACUUACAUGUUCAUCCAUACUGAAAUUCCCAUGACAUUUUAGUAGAACCCUCUGUUAAAAAUGAAUGACAUGGACCCCCGUGUAUUAGAAAGAAGUCCAGGAUAUUAAUUCCAAAAUAUCCAGACAUUGUUAAGGAGAAAAGACUGCAAUAAAAUAUUUGUAAUAUAAGACAAAA